GCAGAAGCAGAGCAGCAGGUUGGUGAAAGCUCCGGUAGUUUGAUACCAGCUCGCUGCCACCGGAACCCCGGAGUCCCGCCUUAGGCCGGUCCGUCCCGGUUUGUCCCGGUUUGUCUCGGUGUCCCAGUUUGUCCCAGUCUCUCCCAGUGUGUCCCAGUCUGUCCCGGUUUGUCCCGCUGCCGGCCGGAAUGCCUCUGCAUCUCCUGCUGUUCCUGGACUGACGUCCCUCCAUCAUGGCUGAGAUCAGAUGCAGAAAGUCUGCGGCUCUGGAGGGAGAAGCUGCAGAGAGCAGGAGUGAGCCUGCAGAGGAAGAGGAGUCCAGAGGUGAUGACGGUGGUGAGGAGGAGACAGUCCAGCAGGCAUCCAAUCAGAAAUCUGCUGCAGCCGGCUGGCUGCAGUCUGUGCUCAGGAUGUUCUUCGGGGCGAUGGCAGCAGUGGCCUGCGGGAUGCUGUACGCCGGGUACCUGUCUGGGUUCCACGACAGGAAGUUCUGGUUUUCCAGCAGGCAGGAGCUGGAGCGGGAAGCGUCGUUCCCGGGCGGCAGCGGCCUCUACUACCAUUACUACAAGCGCCUGCUGGCGGCGCCGUCCUUCAGCUCAGAGUUCUACGAACUGACGGCGGACAACGCCACUGUGUCGGGGCGCACCAUCAACGCCGUGGAGAGGCUGUUCCUCUACCCAGAACUCAUCACCAGCUUCCUCUACCGGGUCACGGGCAGCCAGAACCGGGUGGAGCCCGUCUCCUUCUACCUGGGCUCCGUGUUCGUCCUGCAGGCCGUCUGCGUCUCGGCGCUGUUCGUGUGCAGCUGGGCCCUGAGCGGUACCUGCGUGGCCGGCAUGCUGGCCGUGUCCUGGUUCGUAAUCAACAGGCAGGAUGCCAGCAGAGUGGACCAGGGCGUUCCUCUGAGAGAGAACUGGGCCCUGCCGUUCUUCUCCUGCCAGGUGGCGGCGCUGACCGGCUUCCUGAGCCGCAGCACCGGUUCUGCUUCCGAGAUGUUCUGCUACCUGAUGCUGAGCGCCUGCAGCUUCAGCUUCCUGCUGCUGUGGGAACUUGGACACUACUUCCUGUUUGUCCAGGGCUUCUGCCUGGUUCUGCUGGACUCACUGGACCUGGUACCGGCACGCAAGACGGCCGACGUCUGCAGGGCGUACCUGGGCUCGCUGGUUCUGGUCUACCUGGCCCAGUUCCAGAACGCCUCCCUGCUCGGCUCUCCGCUGCUCGGCCUCCUGAUUGGCUCGGUGCCAGCCAGGUACUUCCAGAGGAAGAUGAAGAUGGGUUGUCUGGGCGCCAGAGUGAUGAAGCUCCUGCUGCACAUCCACCUGGUGAUCGGCUGCGUGUUCACCUGCAGCUUUCUGGUGAAAAAGUUUUUACCGGCCAGCGGUGCCGACUUCACCCUGCAGCUCCUGCAGGCCAAGUUGGGUCUGAACUCGACGACAGAUUUUGUCAUCAACUUCCUGCUGUGCCAGGAAGCGCUGCGGGCGCCGGGCCAGGACCUCUUCCUGCGGCUGACCCAAACCUCGCUGCUGCCCUUCUAUGUCCUGGUUCUGACCGUCUGCCUGCUGUCCGCCCUGCAGGCCGCCUUCAGGAGGCUCAGCGGCCGGCCAAUCAGCAGCAGCCUCAGACUGCAGGACCGGCAAAUCGGAGAGCAACCUGCCGUCGCCUAUCACCUCCUCCACACCCUGCUGCUCGGCGUCCUGACGCUGCUGUUCGACGGGGUGAAGUAUUUGUGGACACCGUACGUCUGCAUGUUCACGGCGUUCGGCGUGUGUUCUCCUGACCUCUGGAUGACCUUAUUGAAGUGGCUCAGGCUGAAGUCCGUCCAUCCGGUCGUGUUGUCUCUGAUCCUGAGCACGGCGGUUCCAACCAUCAUCGGCUUCAGCUUGUGGAGAGAGUUCUACCCGCGGGUUCUGGCGGAGCUGGCCGACCUGCAGGAGUUCUACGACCCAGACCUGAUGGAGCUGAUCGCCUGGAUCAGGUCUCAGGCUCCGGCCGUGUUCGCCGCCAGCCCUGUUCUACUGGGAACCAUCAAGCUGUGUUCUGGUUCCGUUGUCACCAGUUUACCCGUUUACUCCAACUUGGACCUGCUGAAGAGAACCGAAGAUACCUUCCAGGUGUACGCCAUGAUGUCCGCCGAGGACGUCUACAAGCGGCUGGCGGCCAUCAGAACCGCCUACGUCAUCGUGGAGGAGUCCAUCUGCAGCGACGUCCAGCUGAGGACGGGCUGCCGGGUCAAAGACCUGCUGGACGCCGCCAACAGACAGGUGGCCCGGUCCCAGACGGACUCCUUCUCCAAGCACGGCCGCUUCUGCCAGGAGGUCAAGAUGAACUACUCCCCCUACACCAACUACUUCACCCGGGUGUUCUGGAACCGCUCGUACCACGUCUACAGGGUGAACCCCGUCAUCUCCUUCCAGUACUGACCGCUGGACGGCUCUGGACCGGUUCUGGACCGGCUCUGGACCGGCUCUGGACCGGCUCUGGACUGGCUCUGGACCGGCUCUGGACUGGCUCUGGACCGGCUCUGGACCGGCUCUGGACUGGCUCUGGACUGGCUCUGGACUGGCUCUGGACCGGCUCUGGACCGGCUCUGGACUCUGCAGUCCCAGAUGCAGUACUGCUGAUGGCCACAUGGUGGCCAGAGAGGCGCUGUGGACCACGCUCAAGUCACAGCCGGUUCUGAUUGUCUGAAGCUCUGGGUCGGUCAGGUUCUGCAGCGGGAACAUCCAGCACAGACAUGGUUCUGUGCAAAAGUUAUAGGUCAGAAUGAAAAAAGAAAUCGGACCUGAAGACGGCGAGGAACUGGACUGAGCUCCAAUGAGACUCAGGCUGAGCUGGAACGACCGGCACCACGGUGUGGAUCCUGUGUGGAUCCUGUGUGGAUCCUGUGUGGAUCCUGUGUGGAUCCUGUGUGGAUCCUUCUUCUUCCUCAUGUGAAAUCCAGCUCCAGUGAUUCUACCUGGCAGGAAUGGGAGAAUCACUCCCAUUCGUGUUUAUUUGGUUGUCAUUUUGUUUUUCCUUCCUGAACGUUUCACCCACCGUUACCGUGGUAACAACGGCAGGUGCUGAACACCUGGAGAAAUCUGAAGGAGGUUCUGGUUCUGGUCCUUGUCCCAUCAAGGUUGAAAUUAGAACUCAUUCAGGACCAAAACCCAAAGUGGCCCCUGCGGUUCUGUUUCUGAUCUUUUUUUACUCCUGUUGCUGCAGAUUUGAUCAGGAACUACUGAGAAAAAUGAAAGGAUAUUAUAAAUGACGUUAAAAAAUCCUGUUUUUUAUUUCUGUCUAUGCUUCACAAAUUCAAACAAUGAACAUUUUGUCCCUUUAAUCAGUUUAGCUGCUAAUUUUACUUUUAUUUCCAUGCAGUUUAUUGGACAGAAAACCGUUUUCUGAAUGUUUUGCCGUUUCCUGCGCUUGGCUCCACCUGCAGCGCUGCUGCUGCUGCAGAUGCUGCUGCUGCUGCAGAUGCUGCUGCUGCUGCAGGUGGAGUUUUAUAGCAAUGAUAUUUUAGGCUGCUUGUAUCAAACAGCGCCGGUGCUUCUGCCUUAGAGUGAGAUUUCAGCCGAGAAGCUUUCAGAAUUAAAUCUGAUGUGAUCACGA